AAUACUCUCAGAAUGCUUGUUAUUUUUGCAGAUAGAAAGAAUGAAGAAAGAAUAAUGGAUUAUAUCAUUCAGGUCAAAGAAGAGCCUAUGGAUGACAGCUAUGAAGUCAUUCAUUUAGGAACAGAACUUCAUGACAGUAGAACCUCAGAUUUUAAUCAGAUAGAGCAAAAUACCAUUUCUGAAAGGAAUUCUGCUUUAGAUAGCAAUGGGGAUAAUGUUCUUUUCAUAGCGGAACAUAUUAAAUCUGAACCCGAUGAUAAAAGCAAGGGAGGUAAUUCAGAGGAACAUGACGAAAGUAUCAGCAGCAGGAAAAGGACAAGAAUGUCAAGUUCAUUACUAAAAAUUCUCAAUGCUAACCCUCAGCACAAUGGAUCAACUGUGACGGACGAAAAUUUGGUGAAAACUCGUAAAAGACCUCAGCCUACUUUAUAUGGGUUACUCAAUGGUACAGUUCCUCCUACACCUCUAAAUUCUGUAAUAACAGAUACAAUUGAUAAUGAUGUUCAUAUAACACACAUAACUGCACCAUUGUCAGCAAAAUCUGGGAACAGUACCACUUUACAAAAAAUGCUUGCUUCUCCUUACAGUGGAAAGAGUCCCUUGCUUUCUUCAAUGUUAAAGACCCCUUCAAGAACUGAAUCAACCAUUGACAAAGUUUUUUCAACCCCUACAGUUAAUUCAAACCAGGUUAAUUUAAUGCCAUCUAUUCAAGGUCACAGAAAUAGGUCAAACUCUACACCAGAAUCUUCAACUAAAUUGAAACUUCCUGUUUUGUUGAAUAUGGGUUCAGAUGUUCCUUCAAAGAAAAAAUCUAAUGAUAGACAAAAUUUAAGCACAAUUAAUGAAUUGGUGACCAAGUGUAAGGAAGCUAAUGUUACAAAGAUAAAUCCAUUGAUUGACAAAUCGUCAUUCCCAGAUCCCCAUUCUGGCAAAAUAGUACCAACGGAUUCUACACCUGUGAAAUGUAAUCUUCAGAAUAAUGGCGGGGUACAAACUGAUGAUUUUAUUAAUAGAUGGACAGAAGUUAUUACACAAAAAGUCAUUUCUGAAUUCUCUAAAGACGUCAAUGCAACAUUGAACUCUUUUGUGAAGAAGGCUAUAAUAGACAGUAUUAAAGAUUCUUCGACUAAUCCUGUGCCCAUUGUUCCCACGACAACAGCUGCAAGUUCUACGGAAAAUCAAGUACCAAAUGAAGUGAACCAAGUUUCAUCAUUAGCAAGUUGUUUAUUGCAGACUCUUGCAGAAAAAGUAAAUGGAUGUGGAAUCCAGGACAUUGCAAAGGGUCUGAAUGUGGAAGAUGAUAUCAACUUGAUAAAUGUAUGUCAAAACAUUCAGAAAAGUUCACAAGAUAUUGCAAAGUUGUUAGCUUCAUCUGUUACUAAUGAAUCUGACCAAAGUAAUACAGUGAAUGUUCAAGAACAAGUUCCAACUAGUUCAAAGCCAACUGUCCAAAAAUUUGAAAUAGAAAACACGCUUCCAUGCUCUACAAAUAACUCUGUUCCAACUGUACCACCAGAAGAAGUGAAAAAGCUAGUUUCAAAUUUAAUAGGCAAAACAAAUAAAUCAAAUGUCAAUCAGGCUAAAUCAGAAAGACAGGUACAAAAACCACCAGUAGAAUAUAUAACAAUUCCAUCAGAAAAUGGUGCAGAGGAACCUAAACCAGUAGAAACCAGUUCAGGCAAAUCUCAACCAGUUCCUGUGUCACCAAUUAUCACUAAUAUAAAACACAUGCAAGAUAAAGAUGGUAAAUUUUUAAUCUUUUCGUGUAAAAUAUGCGGUAAACGAUUCCAACAUCAUGGUACGCUGAGUGUUCAUAUGAGGACUCAUAUAAUGGAGAGUGGGAACAGUGAAUUUAAAUGUGACAUUUGUGGUAAGCUUUGUACGGCUAAACGAUACCUUGAUAUUCACAUGCGGACACAUCAGAAAGGAGGAUCCUGUCCUGUGUCGAAACUUGUGUGUGAAACCUGCCAGGGAGAAUUCACUAGUGAGGAAAACCUGUUGAUUCACAAACGGAUGCAUUUAGGUGAAAAACUGUAUCAGUGUGAUGUUUGUCAAACAGGAUUCACCAGAAAGUCACAACUUUCAAUCCACAUGCGAAUCCACUCUGGUGAAAAACCAUACUCAUGUAGUAUAUGUGGUAAAACUUUUCGCCAAAGUAACGGACUUAGCCUCCACCUGAAUGUUCACACUGACGAUAAACCUUACAAAUGUGAGAUAUGUGGGUCAGGAUUCUCACGUAAAGCUCACUACGAGAAACACAUGAGAAAGGAGCGUGGAGAAAGACCGUUUAAGUGUGAGGAGUGUGGUAAAGGUUUUACAGACAAGUUCAAUCUACGGAUGCAUACCAGAACUCACCUCAAGUCUAAGCCACACCAAUGUGAUGAAUGUGGUAAAAGUUUUGUUCAAGUUGCAUAUCUGAGGAAUCACAAGAAGUUCCACUCAGGUGAAAAGGGUUUUGAUUGUCCACACUGUCCUGAGAGGUUUGAGAUUAGAAAGGAUUUUAAAGAUCAUUUAACAACAUUACAUAAGGACAAAGAGGACACAGUCACCAGAAGCAGGAGAACUUCAGCUAAAUCAUUAAAAGGGACGUACAAGGAUAUUAUGGACGAGGAUGACGAAGAGGAAAUAACAUCAGAAGGAGAAAGUAAAGAUAACAGUGAUGAAGAGAUGGAUAAAGCUGAUGCAUAUUCUGACAUGAUAAUGCACAUUGCAACAGAUAUUGAUGGGUCCCCUGAGAGUAGACAAUUCGGUACGGAGGAAACAGACAAUUCUACUGAUAUGCUUGAGUUUGUAAAUGCUAGUCAGGAUUAUGUGGACAAUUUUACAGAUUCUGAUAUUAAGACUGAACCGAUAGGGUUCAAUGAACUUAAAUCUAAAUUGGGUGAUAAUAAAUACAUUAAUUUUGAUCCUUCCAUUGUUAAGAGAGAACCAGAAGAAAUCAUUGAUGAAUCAGCUUUAGUAGAACAUCAUGUAGUUAAGUCUAAGGUCAAUGUAGAAUUUGAUACCUCAGUGAUAAAAUGUGAGCCUUUUAAUUCAUAGUAGUGAUAAGCCUGUAAAUGGAGGGGUAAAUGGUCCAAAAUAUACUGGGUACUACAUUUCUUUUUUGUGCAUUUUAUGUUUUUUUUUUAGAUUAAGACAUUGUAAGAGGAUAGGAUAUGUGUAAACAGAUUCAGUAUUUUGUUGUUUUUUUUGUGUACAGAAAUAUGAUACUUAUGAAUAAUUAUGACAACAGUUUACUGUUUGAUCAUAUUGAUUCCAGCAAUGUUAAGGAUGUACUUAGGUGAAAUUAAAAAAAUCUAGAAUAUAAAAUUGAUACUUUAAGCUAGAAGAGCAUGAGUUAAGGAACAAAAUAAGCUAAAAAUAUUGAUAGGUUAUGGCGCUCCUUUUAGAGCUAUUUUAAUUUUUAAAAAAUGGCGGAAAAAGGCUGACUCAGACUUUUACAUUAUAUUUGCAUUGGUAUUAUUUGGGUCUCAAAUCGAAAGAAAACAAAUCUAGAAUCUGCUUAAAUUUUGGUAAAUGACCUUUUAUGAGCUAUUGAAGUCUUAUAUGAAAAGAAAAAUGGGUGUUAUGGGGCAAAAUAUAGUCUGAAAAUCUGACCAAAAUUCCAAAACCUGACCUAAGUACAUCCUUAAGAAAUGAGUAUUCUUCUUUUUUUUUUACAAUGUUUGAAUAUUGAACACACUAGAAAGAACAAUAUCAAACAGUAUCAAGAUUUGUUUUGGUGGGAGGAAGUUCUUUAAUACUUAAAUUCAAAUUUAAGAUUAAAAUAUCUUUAAUUUCAUAUUGACAUGGGAUUAAAAACAUAUAUAAAAAAUGUACAAGUCCCUCCUAGUUUAUGAUAUUCUUAGAAAAAUUAACCCAACACAACCUUUUUAAAACUAAUUUGUCAUAUUUUAAAGAAGGGAUAAUUCACCUGUCAAUUUUUCUCUGUUUGCAUUUUUUUUUUUUCAUUUUGCUCUGAUAUGUGACUCGUAGUUACCCUUUGUAGGUAUUUAACGUAAAGGUUCAUUACGUAAAUGUUUGUAUUAGAAAUUAUUGAUGGCAUUUAUUGUUGGAAUUUUUCAAAAAAAGGACAAAAAUGCGGAAUUAAUUAAUGCGUUUCCAAAAAAUCUGCAUAAAGAUCUAUGUUUCACUUAUCAUAAUGCGAGUUAAUAUUAUUGCGAUACUCACCUGGUCAAAUUAUUGGCAUUCAUAAAAACCUCGCAAUAAUUUUUGAAUUUACAGUAACUUUUUUCAAAAUGUUAGUAUUUAGGAUUUUUCUUCUAAAUUCAAAAAACAUUUAGUUAUUAGGGACAUCAUUAAAGUGUUCAUUUAAUGUUGUCUUGAUUGAAAAAUAGUGACUGAGAAAAUGUUCCAAUCAAAAAGUUUUUUUUAAGUUUGUUAACUUUUUACUCUUAUUUGUAAAUAUAAAAAUAAGAAGAUGUGGUAUAAUUGCCAACAAGACUACUCUCCACAAGAGACCAAAUGACACAGAAAUUAACAACUAUAGGUCACUGUACGGCCUUCGACAAUGAGCAAAACCCUUACCGCAUAUUAGUAUUAGUACUAUAUUUGAUUAUUAUUGCUGAAAAGAUCAGCCUCUAAAAUACAAAAAAAAUUAUAUUAGAAUGUAAGAUAUUGGAUAAUGUUGAAAAAUUACACAUGGAUGGUAUUAUUUUUCACUGUUUAUAAUUUUGAAUAUAUAUUUUCAUUUACUUGUACAGAGUAGAAAUUGUAAGAUGGUGUUUAGACCUGUAUUUUCAUAUGGAUGUGCAAUUGACUUUAUUUAUGUACUAUAUUUGGUACUAUGUUGUUGAAGAAAUUAUUCAAAUGAUGGUUUUUCUCUGUACUAUUACAUGAUGUUUCAAUGUAUUUGAAAUGGUUGUUUUCUUAAAUGUUUGUUUUAAAGUACUUGUUUGUUUUAGUGAUAAAAACCUGAUGAGAUACAGUUAUACAUUCUGCUCUAUAUUUAUUAUAACAAUUAAUAAAGAUCAUAAUCUGAUUAGUAUAUACACAGAUA